CAGGCAACACAAAGAACCAUCGGGCAAAGCAAACCUGAGAAAACAUGCAGGCACGUACCAUCAGCAUGUAAAACUCAAACCAUAGCUAAUGCCAUAUAAUGGAUCUGCAAACAACAAAAUGGACUGUGGCUCCUUGUGGUGUUGUGUUUGUUCUGCAUCUUAAAAUAUUGUGAUUAUCACAAAGGAGAUGACUGCAGAUGCCGGUUUGCCUUCAGUCUCUCCUCCUGGCUACAUCAAUGUAUGUCAGCAUAAAGGAAAUUCAACAACCUGGUGGUUUCUGUCUCCCAGCAGUCUGUAAAUAUGCCUGGACUCUUUUUAGAUAGCCCUGCUGCAUUUUCAUAUGAGUUGUGCCUUGCAGGCUAGUAAGAGCCAUGCAUGGAAUAGCUGUGAAUGGAGAAGCACCUACUCUGAAUCAGGAGGGUCGAGAAGAGCAACGGCCUCUGAAGCAGACAUUAAGUGGCUCACUGUGCAGAGAAUCCCACUGGAAAUGCUUGAUUCUCACAAUGCUGAUGUAUGGCUGCUUUGGAGUAGUGGCAUGGUGCCACCUCUCUACUGUCACCAGACUGGCAUUUGAUGGUCCUUACCGAGGAGAGUCAAUGAUCUUCCAUGACAGCCCCUGCUCUAAUGGGUACAUCUACAUUCCAUUGGCCUUUUUGAGCAUGCUUUAUGUUGUCUACCUUGUUGAAUGUUGGCACUGCUACACAAAAAAUGAGAUGCAACAUAAAGUAGACAUCAACAGUGUUUAUGAAAGAAUACAAAGAAUGCAACAGUCCACACCAUGCAUUUGGUGGAAAGCUAUCAGUUACCACUAUAUUCGAAGGACAAGGCAAGUGACACGAUAUAGAAACGGAGAUGCCUACACCACAACUCAAGUCUACCAUGAGAGAGUGAACACACAUGUAGCAGAGUCAGAGUUUGACUAUUCAAGGCAUGGUGUAAAAGAUGUUUCUAAAGAACUACAUGGCUUGUCAAACUAUCCAGCCACAAAGUUGCGAUUCACGAAAUGUUUCAGUUUUGCUAACUCAGAUGCAGAGACUGCCUAUCUUACACAAAGAGCAAGGUUUUUCAGUGACAAUGAAGGCCUUGAUGAUUAUAUGGAGGCACGUGAGGGUAUGCACUUAAAAAAUGUUGACUUUAAAGAACACAUGAUAGCAUUUUGUGACCCAAGUCAUCCACCCUGGUACAUCCGCCGUUGGGUAUUUUGGCUUGCGUCUUUAUUUAUGUUGUCAUGGCCUUUGCGUGUGAUAGCAGAAUAUCGCACUGCUUAUGUGCAUUACCAUGUUGAAAAGCUGUUUGGACUGGAAGAUUGUGUAAUGACACCGGAGGAUACAGGAUACAGCCAACGGAUAUCAAGAGUUAACACAAUUGAUAUUACAGAACUUGAGUGGCACAUAAGAUCUAACCAACAGAUUGUACCCAGCUAUUCAGAAGCCAUGUUGAUGGACUCUACUGUUGCAAAUUAUGGAUAUGCCACUUUUAUGCAGAACUGCCAGCGAUGCCGACGAACUGUUAGCAGCUCAUCUCUUCCUUCACGUAGUACCCGAAAUAUUACCUCAAGGCUUCCUUUCAGUAGAAGUAGGUUUUCUUUAGGGCGCUUGCAGUCAUCAAGACGAGGAUGCUUGUUCCGAAGUUUAAGUGGUCAUGUGGACAACCAAAGUCUAGACAGUGAAAACAGACCACUGGAGGAGCCACCACCAUAUCAAGAUGCACUAUAUUUCCCAGUUCUUAUAGUGCAUGGAGAUGAGAGUUGUCACAGCAACGGUAGCAUCCAACAGAAUGUCCCACGCACAGAAACAAUUUUGUGAAUUCUGACUCGCCAUUUCAAAGACGUCACCAGAACUUUGUUUUCAUGUUGAAUGAUAAAACAUAAAAAUCGAACAGUUCCCAAUAACAAAAAUUCCUUAUUAAAACUUUGAAUCCUUCACAGUGAUUUAGGGCUGCUGAUCUUUCACUAAUAACCUACUAUAAUUGCUUCUAGUUCACCAUUUCUUUAUAAUUCCAUCUCUUCAUGGAGGAAAAUAAACACUACAGCAAUGAAACAGAUCACUUUCGUGAUUAUAAAAUUAAAGUGAUUUGAACUAUAACAAAAUACAACUGUAGGAGGAGGGAAAGGAGGGUUUUGGAUUAAUGAGUCAAGACUAUAUUAUUUUAAAGCAGCGUUCACAAAAACAGCAAUUGCCUGUUCUUGCACCAGAAAUAAUAUUUUGUAUUGUAAAUGUUUAGCACAUCCAUAACACUUGGCUUAUAGAACUGUGUCAUUCACUAGUUAGAAUGUUCCAUAGCAAAGAUGGGAUGGGCAGAUAUCAUAUGUUGUUCACUUGGAAAUAAGCAGUGUAUUUGUUUUCCAUAGGAAGAAGUAAUCACAAUAAAUCACUGGCUUACCAUUGGGGUAACCAUUUUGGAUUAAUAGUAAAACAGUUUCUUACACAUAUUCUACACAUGCACACAAAUACACAGUCAGGAACAUAUAUACACAAAACACUCAUUAUCAGGUCAAAUGACCUGAUUUUUUAAAACAUUUAUAUUAGUAAUUCUGCUGUAAGGCGAUCAUGAGAUAGUUUAAAAAUGGCAUGGGCCUAACAUAAAUAUAUUUUGUGAUUUGUGACAAAUGUUGGAUUACUUCCAUACUCAUUUUAUAAUGCUGGCAUAUACAUCACAGUUUAGAAUGAGAAUGUCUGAUAAUUAGACCCGUACCAUUUUUGAUUAGCAGUAAAUAUGUUGCAAGUUUAUAAGUAAACAGACGCACAUGCUGCUGUUUGGAGAAACACAUAAUUGAUGCCAUUAUCACUACAAACUGCUAAGUACAAUCACGACUUGAACUUAAAUUAAGACAACUGUCAGAAUAGGAACUUGAAUAAGAAUGUCUGCUUUUGCAGUCAUCUCUGGAAAGAUAAUUUUAUGAUAUUCUAUUCGCAGGUCUUUGUCAAAGUAAUCCAAAUAUGUUAAGAUUUAGUUACACAACCAUUACAUAACUUAUAUCUACGAAAAUGCAUGUGAGAUUCACAUACUAAAUGUUUGUUUUGGCUACAACAUUACUUCAUAUUGGAUCAUUUUUAUUUAACCUGUGUUUUUCCUGUUAAAUUUCACUUUUUCACAAAUUAUUAGUCAUGUAGUGAAAGGCAAGGCAAGCAGUGACUCAGUGAUUUUUCUAAAAUGAAACAGAAACUAAAUUAUAAAAUGGAGAAGAGCAGCCUAGACAAAGGUGACAAUAGUUUGUGUCUUGCCUUUUUCACUUACUACUAUACUGCAACAUUCAGUUUUGCUUAUCUUGUGACUUGAAACAACCAUUUUUCCCUGCAUUGCAUUAUUGUUGUAAUAAUAUUUCUGCCAUGCGGUGUACAUCCAAAGAAACAAAAACAUGUCUGUGCCUGUUUCUGGAAUCUGUUUACUUCAUACCCUUGAAGGAAAUCUUAUUUUCUUCCAUAUGAUUGAAUGUAUGCAGUAAUUAUUGCAGAUAAGAAAGAUGUCUAUUUUUAAUCCCGCAUUACACUACCCUCAUAUUUGCCAAGGACUCUAACUCUGAAGAUUCUGUCUCCAGGAAUGGGUACACAAUAUUUAAGUAGACCUGAUUUUUUUUCUUGUUUUUUUUUUCUAUUGCAGGACAACUUGUACUGUAGAAAUGUAUCAUUUCCUGUUUCUGACUGACAUCACAAUGGUCUGAUGUCUUAUUCUGCUACCUGUUUAGUAUUAUGUCAUCAGAUAUUAUUGAUUCCUUCCCAAUUUCUUUCUUGGAAGACGUCUAUUGUAGCUUGUCUGUAUUGUAAUACACAUCAGCACUGAAGAUGUAUGCCAUUAAGUGCAGUCUUUUGCAGUUUGCAUAUUAAAAUUAAAGCAUUGUGAGGUGAGUGGCACAUUUUUCUUAGGUAUCUUUGAGUCCUUUUCACUCCAUCUGUAGUGCAUGGUUCAAAUUAUUUUCACCCCCCCCUCCCCCAUAGUGCAUGGUUAGGAUUCAUGAACAGCAGUUUGCAGGAUGGAGGAUCGGGUGAUGAGCCUGGAUAAGGAUAGUGGAAUGAGACAAGGAAAUGAAGAUAAGGGCCUUUUUUAAGGACAGCCUAGCAGAGCAUGUCUUUUGCAAUAUGCUGCUCAGCUACGCAGUACUUUGCCUUGAUAAAGAGUCAUCCUGAACCUCAUAAGCUUACUGGUGAGACAAAAAUGGGUGUUUAACAUACCAAAAUAUUCAGAUGUAGGUCCUGCAGCAGUUCACCAUCUCAGAACAUUUGCAAGGAGGUCCUGUGAGAGUUCAGUUGACAGAACUUUAACAGCUAGACCACUCUGCUAACUGAAUGAGAGUUAGCAGCAGAGCUGGAGGGGUUAUGGUCAUGCAGAGUGGGGAGAGGUCCUCAUUUGGAGAUAAGGGAAAAUAAAGCUUUGGCAAUCAACAGUAGGAGGGUUAUGAGGGUUAGAUGACAGCAUCUCUUACUGACAGAAUGCUGACAGUAGACUACAGUAGGCUUUGAUUAUUAAAUGUUGGAGCAUUGGCCAGCAAAGAACACCAUUUCCUACUGGCAGGGUCAGACAACAAAUGACCACAUGUCAUACUAGGGUGAGUAUAGCUGCUGAAUCCAGUCUCUCUGUGACAGAAAGUGGGUAGAGGGUGCAUGGAGGCAAACAACUAACACUGUGUUGACAGAGAGGCUGCAAUGGCAAUUACUGCUAGGUGAGAUGAAGGCAGGCCCAGAAUUUUUGACCACAGACAAUAAUUUAGUUAACUGUAAUGUGAAAACAGCUAUGAUGGUCACCCAGUCAAUGUUAGUAGCUGAGGUCCCCUUUGCAUAACUGUAAUUCAGGGGACAGGAUCAUGGAAGGUCUAAGCGCUAGCUCACUAAAAGAAAGAUGUGCUGAUAAUGGCUGAAAAGUAACCCAGUAUUUCCUGGCAAACCCCACUGAACCUCUGACCAUCAAUGAAUGGUUUCAAUAAUUUCAUACCUCCACUCCCCAGGCAUAUUAGAUGUAUUUUCACUCUGCUUAUGUCUAACCCAAGAAACAUUUCAGAAAAUGGUUUUAAUAAUCAAAACACUCUGUGUUAUCAUUUGUGUUCUAUACAGUCCAGGCACUGUUGAUUUAGGACUCUUAAAAUAGGUCUUGUUCUAGACUGCAGUCCUAUCCUAAAUGUUUUGCUACCUGGUUUGCAACACCUUUUUUAGAGAGUUUAAAACUACGUAUUUUCCCAAACUACUGCAGUAUGUCCUGUUAGACAGUCUGUUUUUUAUAGUAAACCCUGUUUUCAGUUUUACUUCCAGUAGUUAACCUGUUGGUGUUUUAUAGUCCAGUUCAUCAUCAUUAAACUCAGUUC